AUGCUCACAGCUCACAAGUCCACACACAAGCAUUGCACCAAGACACACAUCACGGGGUGUUUACUUCACUACGAUGUCGUCGGCAGACGAUACCCGACGCACGCGUGGCAGGCGCGCGGUGGCGGCGCCCUGUUCGCCGGGCAGGGCACCGCGCUGGUCUUUGCGUCCUACCCGGUGCUCCUGCUGCUCGUCCUGCUCUCAGCGUUCUUCAAGCAUGUCUGGAUUGCCCUCGUGCUCUACUGCUCGGCCAUGUUGGCGCUCUCCUGCGCCGGCCGCGUCUUCGCUGGGCCGGUGGUGGUAGCGCACGACGAGACGGCCGUCGAGCGGGGCGGGCUGUCACAGGCUACCCUAGCGGCGAUCCCUGCGUUCGUUUACGGCGCCUCUGGGGCAGGCAGUGGUCGUGUCGGCGAUGGCGAGGCCGAAUGUGCGGUGUGCAUAGAGACUCUGCGAGCCGGCGAGACAGCGCGGCGGCUGCCGGUGUGCGCGCACACGUUCCACGUGGGGUGCAUCGACAUGUGGCUCGACUCGCACGCGACGUGCCCCGUCUGCCGGUGCCACAUAGAGCCGCACAAGGGCGGCAAGAUGGCGCCGUUGCUGCCAGAGCCGCCCUUGCCGCCGGUGUAG